AUGACAACCCUCCAGCAAACUGAGUUUACGGAUCGCCCUCGUCUGUCCCUGACCACAGCACUUGAUUCCCUUGCUAUUAACGGGAUCAUGCGACGUAUAUCUCGUAUGUUGUGCGACCGAGACACAAACAAAUCUGUCCCAAAACUGAGACACACAGAUCUGUCCCCAGACCGUGCCACACCAAGAUCUUGCCCCAGACCGAGACACAAACAGAUCUGUCCCCAGACCGAGACACAAACAGAUCUGUCCCCAGACCGAGACACAAACAGAUCUGUCCCCAGACCGAGACACAAACAGAUCUGUCCCCAGACCGAGACAAACAGAUCUGUUCCCAGACCGAGACACAAACAGAUCUGUCCCCAGACCGAGACACAAAAAGAUCUGUCCCCAGACCGAGACACAAAAAGAUCUGUCCCCAGACCGAGUCACACACAGAUCUGUCCCCAGACCGUGACACAAACAGAUCUGUCCCCAGACCGAGACACAAACAGAUCUGUCCCCAGACCGAGUCACACACAGAUCUGUCCCCAGACCGUGACACAAACAGAUCUGUCCCCAGACCGAGACACAAACAGAUCUGUCCCCAGACCGAGACACAAUCAGAUCUGUCCCCAGACCGAGACACAAACAGAUCUGUCCCCAGACCGAGUCACAAACAGAUCUGUCCCCAGACCGAGACACAAACAGAUCUGUCCCCAGACCGAGACACAAACAGAUCUGUCCCCAGACCGAGACACAAACAGAUCUGUCCCCAGACCGAGUCACAAACAGAUCUGUCCCCAGACCGAGACACAAACAGAUCUGUCCCCAGACCGAGACACAAACAAAUCUGUCCCCAGACCGUGCCACAAACAGAUCUGUCCCCAGACCGAGACACAAACAGAUCUGUCCCCAGACCGAGACACAAACAGAUCUGUCCCCAGACCGAGACACAAACAGAUCUGUCCCCAGACCGAGACACAAACAGAUCUGUCCCCAGACCGAGACACAAACAGAUCUGUCCCCAGACCGAGACACAAACAGAUCUGUCCCCAGACCGAGACACAAACAGAUCUGUACCCAGACCGAGACACAAACAGAUCUGUCCCCAGACCGAGACACAAACAGAUCUGUCCCCAGACCGAAACACAAACAGAUCUGUCCCCAGACCGAGACACCAACAGAUCUGUCCCCAGACCGAGACACACACAGAUCUGUCCUCAGACCGAGACACAAACAGAUCUGUCUCCAGACCGAGACAAACAGAUCUGUCCCCAGACCGAGACACAAACAGAUCUGUACCCAGACCGAGACACAAACAGAUCUGUCCCCAGACCGAGACACAAACAAAUCUGUCCCCAGACCGAGACACAAACAAAUCUGUCCCCAGACCGAGACACAAACAGAUCUGUCUCCAGACCGAGACACAGACAGAUCUGUCCUCAGACCGGGACACACCCAGACCUGUCCCCAGACCGAGACACAAACAGAUCUGUCCCCAGACCGAGACACAAACAGAUCUGUCUCCAGACCGAGACACAAAUAGAUCUGUCCCCAGACCGUGACACAAACAGAUCUGUAUCCAGACCGAGACACAAACAGAUCUGUCCCCAGACCGAGACACAAACAGAUCUGUACCCAGACCGAGACACAAACAGAUCUGUCCCAGACCGUGACACAAACAAAUCUGUCCCCAGACCGAGACACAAACAGAUCUGUACCCAGACCGAGACACAAACAGAUCUGUCCCAGACCGAGACACAAACAGAUCUGUCCCUAGACCGAGACACAAACAGAUCUGUUCCCAGACCGAGACAUACUCAGAUCUGUCCCCAGACCGAGACACAAACAGAUCUGUCCCCAGACCGAGACACAAACAGAUCUGUCCCCAGACCGAGACACAAACAAAUCUGUACCCAGACCGAGACACACCCAGACCUGUCCCCAGACCGAGACACAAACAGAUCUGUCCCCAGACCGAGACACAAACAGAUCUGUUCCCAGACCGAGACACAAACAGAUCUGUCCCCAGACCGAGACACAAACAGAUCUGUUCCCAGACCGAGACACAAACAGAUCUGUUCCCAGACCGAGACACAAACAGAUCUGUUCCCAGACCGAGACACAAACAGAUCUGUUCCCAGACCGAGACACAAACAGAUCUGUCCCCAGACCGAGACACAAACAGAUCUGUCCCCAGACCGAGACACAAACAGAUCUGUUCCCAGACCGAGACACAAACAGAUCUGUCCCCAGACCGAGACACACUCAGAUCUGUCCCCAGACCGAUUGUGGUCACUGUACCGACUGCUAUACUGGACAGGCGUGGACACUCGUGAUCGGCUGUUACAAAUGAAGAUUGCCGUUCUCGGGGCAACUGGCCCCUCGGGACUCCAGCUGGUUCAAGAAUCUUUAGAUAGGGGUCAUGAAGUGAAGGCACUGGUGAGGGACCCGGGCAAAUUAGGGCACAUCGAUGACCCCAAAUUAAAGUGUUGUCAUGUGUUUAUUCCUGUAUUAUUCGUAAAAUGUGUGGAUCUGAAUCGUGAAUCUGAAUGUGAGCAUGGAAACUUCUACCUGUACCUGCCCUGCUUACCCGCUGUAGAAAGCUUAUUUGGACUUUAA